AUGGGCCCCCCUGGAACAGGCAAAACAAAAACCAUCAGCACUAUCUUGUGGGCAAUGCUCAUGAAGGGCUUAAAGACACUUACAUGUGCACCUACGAAUAUUGCUGUACUGGAAGUCACAUCUCGAAUUGUCAGGCUUGGUAACAAAGAGAAGAUGAAAAUUGAUAAUUUUCUGUUGGAAAUAUGCCCUAGAGACUUAUGGAGAAGCCUGCGUUUACAAGAAAAUUUUCAUGAUCUUUCCAGUGUAUUCCUUGACUCUCGUGCUGAGUGGUUGUUGCCAUGUUUCAUGCCUAGAACAGGCUGGAGGCAUUGCUUGUGCUCACUGAUAGAUCUUCUCGAGAAUUCUGUGAGCAAGUACAGAUCUCACAUUGAAGAUAUUCUUGAAAAAAUGGCCAGAGAAAACGAGAGCUCUAAGCAGGAUAUACAGAACAUGCCUGAAGAAGGGGAAAAAGAAUACCACAAGGGGGGAUGGUGUGAUUCUGAAGCACUGAAGGAAGCACUCCGAGUACUGCCUUUCAAAGGUUAUUUGAAAGAUAGUUUCAACAAACUCUCGGGGGAUUUGUGCGAUUGCAUUGAGACAUUGUACCAUGAUCAUCCAAGAAAUUCAGAAACAAGACGCAGUUUUCAGUGUAUGCUAGAAGUGGUUGAGUUGAUCAAAAUUCUUCCUGCUUUAAUAAACUGUGACAAGGAUAAUAGUGAUAUAUGGUCUGAUGAACUUCUUGAGAGAAAGAUACAAGAUGGUGGUGACCCUACUUUGUGGCGUGAGGAGCUCACCUGUGUGCAGACUAACACAUGCAAUAAAUCUAAGUUCAGGUUGGCCAGAUCCCUGUGUGUGCAAGAACUAAGAUAUCUUGUUGAUAACCUGGACCUUCCAAAUUGUUACAGCAUAAAAGAAAUUCAAUUCUACCUGUUGCAAAGAGUGAAAUGCAUUCUCUGUACAGUUUCCAGCUCAUUCAGGUUGUACAAUGUGCCCAUGGACAAUUCUCCUUCAGAUAUAUGCUGGUUGGUCAAGAAGUCUGAAAAGUUGACUCUUGACUUGCUGAUUGUCGAUGAGGCUGCACAGCUUAAAGAGUGUGAAACCUUAAUUCCUUUGCAGCUGCCAGGCAUAAGGCAGGCUGUUUUUAUCGGAGACGAAUAUCAGUUACCUGCUCUGGUGAAAAGCAAAAUAUCUGACAAUGCUAAAUUUGGGCGAAGUGUUUUUGAGAGGUUAAGUAUGCUGGGUUAUUGUAAGCACCUUCUCAAUGUGCAAUACAGGAUGCAUCCAAAAAUAAGCAAGUUUCCAGUUGUUACAUUUUAUGAUGGCAAGAUAUCUGAUGGUCCCAAUGUCACUACUAAGAGCUAUGAGAAGAGGUUUUUAGCAAGCAAAAUCUUUGGGUCAUACUCAUUCAUAAAUGUAGAUGGAGGACAUGAAACAACUGAGAAGCACGGGCAUGGCUGGAAAAACACAAUUGAAGCUGCUGCAGUUUCGAGGAUAGUGCAGAGGUUGUUCAAAGAGUCAUUCUCUACAGGAAUCAAAAUCUCCGUUGGUGUUGUGUCCCCAUAUAAUGGUCAAGUUAGAGAAAUCUCUGAGAAACUUGGGAAAUCCUACGAUAGGUACGACGGUUUCUCGGUGAAAGUGAAAUCUGUGGAUGGUUUCCAAGGUGCGGAGGAAGAUAUCAUUAUCAUAUCAACAGUGAGGAGCAAUAAAGCUGGUUCUGUUGGAUUUCUCACAAACAUGCAGCGGACCAAUGUGGCUCUCACGAGAGCUAAGCACUGUUUAUGGAUAGUAGGAAAUGGGACGACUUUAUCCAACAGCAAGUCUGUUUGGCAGAAGAUAGUCAAAGAUGCGCAAGACCGGGAUUGCUAUUUUGAUGCCGAUGAGGACAAAGAUUUGUCAAAUGCAGUAUUCAAGGCUGUCAUCGAGCUCGACGAUGCUGAUAAUCUAGUGGAAAAAAUGGACUCGCUUGAUAUAGGCAAGCCAAGGUCUCAGAAAUCAAGGUCCAAAUACCGUUCAUGA